AUGCCUUUCAAUCUCAGAAAGUUCUUCCGAAGCUGCUUCGGCACCGCAGAAGAAACUUACGAGCCAGUUCGAGUCCUCCCACAUCCAGUUCACGGGUACGUCGGUGAGACUCUUACUCCUCGCGAGAAGGACACUCUCGCCUUUAUCAACUCUCAUCGUCCCAACUCACGAUUGGAGCGCGACGAGUCGAUCCGCACUCCUCACAUGCCUCGUCUUCGUCCACAUGGAACAGUCAUCCACCGACCCCUCGAGGCGGACCAUACCAUGCGACGAUUCAUCUUGAACAAAUACGCUUUCCAAGAUUAG